UCUACCUCAGCUGUAUAUAUACCAGAAGUUCUUGGCCUUUCCUUCAUAGUGAACACUAGUCUCACUUCUACACAAAGAUGAAUUGGCUUGUAGUGGCCCAAUGUGUGGUCUACCUAGCUGCGGCUUCCGUACAUGCGCAGUCGUCAGGUAUCACGUUUGAUGCCGUCCCCCAAGAUGGCGCCGUGUCUCUAACAUGCGCCGUGUCUGGUAGCGGAACUCUCUACUCCGUCUCCAGCCUCGUCAUAGAGAAAGAAAACUCGGCCGAUGUCUACCAGCUACUGAUCAAGUACAACAAAGGAAGCCCCGUAGAGUUCAGCAAACUCCUGACGUCUAGAAGCGUCAAGAUUGGCACCACAGGUGGCUCGGCCUCCACCGUGCAGGUGACGGUUGGCGUAGCAGACGGCAAGUUCAGAUGUGUCGUCGCUGGUCAGACCAAAUCAGGGGGCUCCGCCAAAGGGGAGGCGACUGUCACAGUCUCCUCUGAACAAGGCCCAGACGGUGAAGGUUGCGCGUGUGAAGACGAGUUGUCUGCCCUUGAGAACAAGUACGACCAGAAGAUUGGCCAGCUAGAGCAGUCGGUCACCAAAACCGCCAACAUCUACGUCAACGGGGGUGACGGCUCCCUGGGCGGUCUGGACGGGGAGCAGUUGUUGAAGAGCACAGUCUGGCCCGAGGGUUACUUUUCUCUCAUCCAACCGGAAACCGGCUGCCCUAGCAUGGGCUUCUCCUUCCUGGACUGGAAGAACGACGGCUACCGGCAGUUCCACACCGAAUCCUCAUCAUCCACCAACCAGGACAACAUCACGGCCAACGCCAACUUGAAGAAACCAUACCAGUUAAAGAACGGCAACAACAACUUCAUCGUCCUCAACUUCUGCACCAUCAUCGUUACCCACCCCGGUCCCAAAUGGCCAUCCGGCUCUUACUGUAUUCUGAUGUACGCCGGCGUCUGUCCUGCCGGUUUCCACGACGGCAACAUGCUCAUUGACGAGGAGAACAACCAGUACUCGGGUAGGUACGGCGGCCACAUCCCCACGGCAGGCUUCGGAGGUGAUUCAAGGUUGUACUUCUGCUGUCGGCGAGACGGGAAACCGGAAGCGCCGGUGUACCUGCCGACAGCGAAGCCGUUCUACCUGUUCCGGUUUGGUGACGUGUGUCAGCGGGUGGCCAACAUGAAGGUCACCCCCGAGACCAUCGUCCUUGACACGGAGGACAGCGGCGCCAACAUCGACCAGUACUCCAACGAGUACCACCCCGACGGUAAACUCAACAACGUCGUCUUGGAGAUGUGCUACUACUACAGGUAGAACACCUGUCUCAUGUGAUACUAAUCGUGCCAUCGCUCGUUAAUUUUUUUGUUUUAUUUAUUUCAUUAAUUUAGAUUAAUUAUCAACCUAAUAGUUUUAUCUUGGACUUUCAACAGAUAUUUUGGAAAUUAUUCUCAUAACCUAUUGUAACUGAUAAUUAAAAUUUCGUCAAAAAUAAAACAA